UUAGGGUCAUUCCUCACCUCAUUUUAUAAUCACCAGGACAUACACAUACUCACUUAUCAAGCACAGUUUUGAAUGCUGAAUCCCCUGGACAAGACGUUGAUGUAGUUGAACAUAAUACAAAUACCUUUUGGUACAAAAUGUGUUUUAUUGGAUGUCAGGUGUGAAGUAAGGCAGACUGCAACCCUAGGUUCAUUAGAAGAUGCAUCAAGGUCGUCUAAGACUGCGACCCUGGCUUGAGGAGCAGAUACAAUCUGGGAAAUACCCAGGGGUCACCUGGCGUGAUGAGACAGCUCAAGUUUUUCAGAUUCCUUGGAAGCAUGCGGCUCGACAUGGUUGGAAUAUAGACAAGGACGCCACUUUGUUCCGAAACUGGGCGAUACACACAGGCAGAUACAAACAUGGGAUAGACAAGCCUGAUCCGAAGACAUGGAAAGCCAACUUCCGAUGUGCCCUGAACUCUUUACCCGAUGUGAAAGAGCUACAAGACAAGAGCAUCAAGAAGGGCAGUAAUGCUUUCAGGGUUUACAUGAUGCUGCCUUUUAUUAAAAUGACCAAACAAAGAAAAGGACUAAAGGAGUCAGAUGUUGUCAUAAAACAAAGUCUGAUCUCCCUCUCAGAAACUCACGCAGGUUCUUGUGCGCCACUGGAUAGAUUUGCAGAGGUUUUCCUGAAGUAUAGAGAUGGGCAGGCCAGUCACAGCCCUGGUAUAUUUCAUGUCAAUGACAAUUACCCUGCCUACAACACCAUAAAGGAUGAACAGUCACCAGAACAGUCCUACUCUCACCAGUCAUCCUUAACACCUGAAGUGCAUGAAAGAUCUGAUACUACCACUGACGACAAUGAGCAAGCAGAGGCUGUAUUCAAGAUAGUUGAUCACCUAAAAACCAUAGAGCACUGGAGCCAGUCUAAUGAGAACAGAAGCUGGAGGGCAGCAGCCACCGGCUGGGUGGACUGUUACUGUGAGGAUAUGGAUUACUUGGGGUAUCCCUUACAGACCGAUUGCUACACACAGAGUGCACAGCAAAGACCACUUCUAUAAGAUGAGUGGGAGCAACAUGCAUCUAACAGACUGCCAUGCUA